AUGUGGUCAACAUUCGUUUGGUCCUUGGUCUAUAUAAUAAUAGUCAAUAGUCUAUUUUUAGUAAAACAUAGAUCUCUGAUUAAUGCUCAUCGAAUAUUAUCGGAACCUAUUCCAGAUGUCGAAUAUGAACAGGUCAUAGCUAAACGUUAUUUAUUCGCGCCAUUUGCCAAUGAAUCUACUGCUUGGCCAGUACUUACUAAUAUUCAAAAUGUAUAUCAAGUUAUUGCAUUGCCACAAUAUUAUUUUCAAGCAACUGAAAGUUUUUGGUUAUUAACUCAAAAUACUAAUUCAACAGUUCAAACACUACAAAUGUCUUGGAUGUCUUUGUCUGACAACAAAACUUCAGUAGUUUUGCCUGAAAUUGACACAAAAAGCUUCUUGGUUGCUUCACACAAUAAAACUACUGCUAUGAUUUGUACAGCUGCUCUCAUCUCCUUACAACGUAUACAGUUAAUUUUAUGCAAUCAAUCAGAUGCAAUUUCUUGCAGCAUCAUAAAAACUAUCGCGUUUCCUUCUGUUUUAUCAAAUAUUUCCAAUAUUACAGCCGGUUUGUUUAUAGAUGAUAUAGGAACAGCAGGAUGGUUAUAUAUUGCUACGAAUACAGGAUUUCAUGGAUUAGAUCUUUCAACAUUUAUUAUUCAUCCUUAUAUUAAUGAAAUAAAUGAAUCUGUUUCGUCUUUAGCCUGGAGUUCACAACAUAAAACAGCUUUCAUUGGUACAGAAACCAAACUCUGGAUUUAUUCAUAUACCAAUGACGAUGAACAAUGGCGCCGUGAGCUAAUCACUGGACUCAUUGAUGCACCUAUCACUGCAUUAGUUUAUAAUAAUGAACAAGAUAAAUUAUGGAUAGGGCAAGACACUGGCAUUACUCUUCUUUCACCAAUUAUCAUGUCGACAGGACGCGUACAUUGGUUUUUUUCUAGAUUGGCAGGACAAAUUUCUAACCCAGGAUCAUAUAUUGGUCAUUUACCAUUUGCUAAUAUUACUACGUUAGGUGUAAGCCAUUCAACAUUAUCUGACAGUCGAGUUUGGUUGGGCUCUAUUCGUGGAAUGAUGCGUUAUAAUCCUAAUGAUAGCGACAUGAAUGCUUGGCGUGUAUUUAAUAGUGCUCGAUAUAUGCCUAAUCGCGAUUCAUUGGUCAAUAUAGUUUCAUUGGCUGUAUUCGGCAGUACUGCUGUAGCAGUCACUAGUAAAGGCUUAGCCGUUCUUCAUUUUCAAAUGUGGACAUUGGCACAAAAAGCAAAACAUUUUCAAGAUUUCUUCAAUCAACCAGGUAGACAUGACAGAUAUAAUUUGGUAUCGGGCUGCAGUAUGUCAUCAUGGGGAGAUAGUCGUACUUGUGUCAAAGGGCCAGAUGAUAAUGAUGGUCUUUGCACUUCAAAGUAUUUAAGUAGUCAAAUCUUUCGCUAUAAAGUAACUCAAGAUGCAGCAGUCAAAACAUCUGCAUGGACUCACUUUGAAGCAUUAGAAUUUCUUCAUAAAGUUACAGGUAUUCCUGGUUAUCCUGCUCGUUCAAUUGCAAAACGUAAUGAGACUCCUCCUGCUCCACAUCGAUGGUUUUUAUCUCCUAUUUAUCCAACUCUUCAAUAUGAGGGUGAUACUUCAUCUGAUGAAGCUGUCGGACAUGAAUUUGUUCAUCCAUUAGUACAUGAUAUUUUAGCUAGUAAUGAUGAUGAACGCCAGAGAGCUUAUACGUUACUUUUCAAUAUCACUAAUCAUAUUUUAACUCAUGAUUGGUAUUUAGAAGGUACGAAUGGUACUCAAAGAGGUGUUUGGAAUCCGUUAGAUAUAAAUAGUGAUAUUGGUUAUGUAGAUGAACGAGGACUUGGUAGUCUUGAAAUAUUGGCUUUUCUCAUUCACACUUAUGUUUAUAGUGAUGACGAACGUUUUCUUAAUGCUACGAAACUUCUUAUUGACACUUACCAUUAUGAUGUUAAUAUCAUUAAUCAAAAGAUGAUUGCAGUAUGUCAAGUUAAAUAUUGGAAUGAUGUACUCGCUUAUUGGUCCUAUUUUAAUUUAGUUUCUGCAAUUAAUAAACUUACUUCUACGCCUCUCUUAUCUCAAGCUCAGAAGGAACGUGCACAAUCAGUUGUCGAUAAUCUAUUAGAAUAUAUGACGAUUGGAUUAGAACUAGCGCAUAAGUAUAAACAAAUGGAUAAAUCACCAUUUUAUAAUUUCAUUUAUUGUUAUGCCACUGGUCAGGUGAAUCAAACUCAGCAUUUAUUCAAAACAUCUCGUCGAACUUCUCCUGAAUUCGAUUGUAAUUCAUUAUCAAAAGAUGGAAUAUGGUAUAUGCAACGUUGGCCAUUAGAACUUAUUAACUGGCCACAAUUCAAUAGUGAUCGAUUGGAUGUUCAAAUUAAUGUGCCUGCUUUUUGUGAUAUGGAGAGAGCACUUCGCUCAAUAAAAAUGUUACCACCUGACGAACGAACUGUUGAUACAUGGGGUUAUAAUGUCUAUGAUUUGGAUGGUGGUGAUGGAUUUGUAGAAUCAGAUCCAACUGCUUUUUUAAUAAGUUAUUGGGGAAUGCGUUUUUUUAAUUUAUUAGGAGAAUAG